UAGUUACAUUUGUAUUUGUAGAUCAUUUGGUAUAAUUACAUCACAAAUAUUCAGUCAUGGACGAGAAUUAUAGUGAUUAUAACAACACUGGUAAUGAAGAUACCGAUGGUUUCGGCAACGAUGACAACAGUUUAGAAGAUUUUGAAAUUAUUGAUGAAAUUAUUAUUAACAACAACAAUGAAAACAACCAAAAUGAUGGACAAACAAAACUCAAUUGUAUAAAACAGGAACAAUCUGGUGGUGACAAUAGACACACCAAUGGUGAUGGUGUUACCACUAAACACGGAGAAGCCAACAAACGGACAAGACAUACAUUUUCGUGUACUAAUUGCCGGGCAAAACAAACUAUGUAUUUAAGUGCCGCACAGUUAUCAUUAUCAGAUGCCGACCGUAAAGCUCAGGCAAAUCGGAUAAGAGAGUUGGGCUCAGAGUCACAGAAACUCAAAGCUAUACUCAAUGAUCAGGUGAUCCAACUGGAGCUGAAACUCAAUGCUAAAGACAAAGAAAUGGAUGAUUUGAUGUCACAAAUAAGUCAAAUGACAGCCAAAACGACUCAACUGUCAGCUCAGAUAUCUUGUAUGCAAAACAAUGAAACCAAACUUAUCGAAGAAAUACAGAACUUAACUGACGAUAAAAUUGGUCUCAAAGAGUGUAACGAAGAGUUGAUUACUAAACUAUCGCAUAUGAAGGCAGAGGUUAAGACAAUUACCACUGAGAAGGGAAAGUUGAGAGAAUCGGGAGACGACAGGGAACUGGAGAUUAAUGAAUUGAAACAAAAUCACAACAAACUAAUGGAUGACUUCCUUAAUCAGUGUAAAAGGAAAAUCACUACAAAGAACCGGAAGAUUGAAAAAUUGAAAACUAAAUUAACGAAACAAACACAAGAAUCGACUGAUUUGGAGAAGAAAUACAAAGAUGUUAUCAAAGAUAAUGUGUUAUUAAAGAAUAGUAGGACUAAUCUCAUGAAUAAAAUGAAUGACAAGAAUGAAGAGUUACAGAAAUGGCGGACAAUGUUUAGUAAAGAAAAUACUUCUAAAGAAUUAAUUGAAGAGGAAUUGAAAAAGACUAGAAAUGAUGGAAUUCGUUAUAAAAAACAAAAAGAUUAUUAUAAAACUGAAAAAAUUAAAGCCACUAUUGAAUUGAAUAAAUUGCGUAAUCAGAGAAACAAUGAAAUUAAAGAUAUUAGCAACAAAUUUACUAAAUUAGGCGAACAAACAAUUAGUAAACUUAAAGAUCAAGUUAUUGCUAUUUUCAAUGAUAAUAGCAAUCAAUUGAUUAGCAAAUCAAUUGAACAAACCGUUGAAAUCAUUGAAAAUGGACGUAAAGAGUGUUUGAAACAUAAAGAAAUGGUCGAAAAAAUUCACUGUCAAACAGGAAAACCACAAACAUGUAUAGAAUCUGAUUGCAAUAAAACGGUUGCCGAUUCCGAUAAAUUUUAUAUGCAUUGGAAGGCUAAACACAGUUACAAAUUUAAUGACAACCCAAACCCCAUACAGAAACCGUCGAAAAGUAAAAAACAUAAAUCAAAAUGA